UCAAAGGCAGAGAGAAAAGAAGAAUGACCGUGAUCGACAUCCUCUUCAGAGUCGACGACAUUUGCAAAAAGUACGAAAAGUAUGAUGUCGAUAAACAGCGCGAUGCAAACUCCCAAGGCGAUGAUGCCUUCGCUCGCCUUUAUUCUACCGUUGAAACCGAAGUCGACAAAGCUCUUCUGAAAGCAGAAGCGGCUUUGAGGGAAACAAACAGGGCAGCUGCUGUUGCAAUGAUUGCGGAGGUUCGUCGGACCAAGGCUCGAUUAAAAGAGGAAUAUCCUAAGCUGCAGAAAUUGGCUCGCAAAAAGUAA